AUGACCGCCGUGGACGGUGACGUAUUUCCGGCUGAGCAUGUAAACCAAGAGAAGAAGAGCCAGCUCGAGUCUCAACAUGCUAACGGAAGAUACCAACGAUGAAGACGUGUCUCUGUUUGAUGCAGAGGAGGAUGCUGGGAAUAAGUCAAAGAAGACUAAUAUUAAACAUCCACUGGCCUCCUUCUUCCACCUCUUCUUCAGAGUCAGUGCCGUCCUCGUGUAUCUGCUCUGUGGGAUCUUCAGCAGCAGUUUCAUCGCCUGCAUGGUCACUAUAAUCCUUCUGCUCUCGUGUGACUUCUGGACAGUAAAAAACAUCACUGGGAGGUUGAUGGUUGGUCUGAGGUGGUGGAACCAGGUGGACGAUGAUGGACAAAGCCGCUGGGUGUUUGAGUCUAGGAAGGGCACUGGGAAGCAACAAGCAUCGGAUUCUGAGUCCCGGAUCUUCUGGAUCGGACUGAUCGUGUGUCCGGUCCUCUGGGUCGUCUUCACAUUCAGCACCCUCUUCUCCUUAAAGAUCAAAUGGGUGCCGGUGGUGAUCAUGGGCGUGGUGCUGCAGGGGGCCAACCUCUACGGAUACGUACGCUGUAAAGUGGGAGGCAAGACCAGCUUAAAGAACAUGGCCACUAAUUAUUUUGGACGACAGUUCCUCAAACAGGCGCUGUCUAAAGAAGAGGAAUCGUAGAGCAACGCUGCGAUUUUAACAUGUUUGCAUUAUUCUUAAUGCUAUUAUAUAGAUUAUUUUAGUGGGUUUAAUAUAUAGAAAGAAAUCAUUUUGCAACUUCAACAUAAAACUAACAGUUUUUGGUUUUUUUUCCACUUCUUUUUCAUGUAAUGUGACUCAAUCGGUCCGUCUUUGUUGCCCAUAGACGUCUAGGAGAAGUUUCCAAUAACUGCAGCUCAGCAGUAAAACUUUAACUGAUACUUUAGCUUAAAUGCACGAGUGGAAAAAGGGUUUAAUGGCUUGAAACGUUUGAUGUGUCGUGUAGCCUCACAGCUCCCUGAAGCAUCUCAUUUAGAUUCUUUGCCUCUUUAACUUUAAUCUUUAUAAAAGUAGAAAAUGGUGUUUGAGAGGUUUUGUACAAACAUUUUUUGUUUGUAUAUGAAAGGUUGUAGUGGUGUAAAGUAUUCCAGGAGCUUGUAAAUAUGUAUGUAAAGAAACUAUGUGGAACAUCUUCUUUUGGUGCAAAUACAUUUGUAACAUUUUUUCCGAACA